GAAUUGCACGGUUUUCCACAGUGCAGUACUUAUCGCACAUGAAAACACACACACACAUUCACUCGCCAAAAUUGCUUGAUCUAGUACAGAGCAAACCACCAAUUAUUAGCACUCUCAAUUAUCCAACAGCUACAGCAACACACCAGCAACAACAGUUUCUUGUUUGCCAGUUUGAGGCUUCCCUCUUCCACAUGCUCCUACAUCUCAAAAGCAUGCGACACUCGGGAUAAAAUUUGGACAGAGAGCUUGCAUUUGACAAGGUAGCAUGUCAGUCGAUUCAACGAAUGGUUGAGA